AUGACUAACACAAAAGAAGAGAAACUUACACCAGGGCAAGAAAUAGAGCGCCUCAAAUUAAAGAGUAACUAUAUAGAAGGCGAAAUACAUUCAGCUCGCUCUGCAAAUGAAGAAGCAAUUGUAGAAUCAGCCAGAUCUCGCUCAAGAUUAAGAAAAUUGGGAGAAAAAUUACAAGAGCAAACGCGCAAUUUAGAUGAUGAGAUAAGAAUAUUAGAAAAAGAAGUCGAAAAUUCAAAUCAGGAACAAGCAAUAUUAAAUAAACAAAUCGAUACUGCUAAAGCAAACUUAGAAGCUACAAUUUCGAAAUAUGCACAACAAUUACAACAGAAACGUACAGAACAUGCAGAACAAGAGUCUCUUUUGAAAUCAGAACUGUUGAUGUACCAAACAGAAUUAGAAUCAUUAAGAGAAUUUCAAAGCCAAAGAGCUCAAAUGGAAGAAAAGCUACGCCAACUUGAUCAAAACCUUGUAGAUCAAAGACAACUUCAUCAAGAAAAAAUGGAGCAGUUAAAUCAACAACUUUCACGCGAAAAGAAGCAGUUCGAAGAAGAAAACAAACGCCGUGUUAAAGCAGCUGAACAAGCUGCAGUUCACAUGAAAGAUGAAUGUUUAGAAGCUGCAGCCAUUAGAUGUAUUCAAGAUAGUCAGCAAGUUACAGAGCAACUUAAAAAGAAUCAGUUAAAGAGCAAAGAUAUAUUAAAUUCGAAUACAGAAUUAAUUAAAAAGAUUGAUGACAUAAAACGUGAAAAUAUUCUCAUUGAAGAGCGUAAAAAGAUGUUAGAAAAAGAUGUUGCUGGAUAUAAAAAGAAGAUGGAAGGCUUAAAACAGCAAAUUGCUGAUAAUGAAGUUUCAUAUGCAAAACAACGUGCAGAAAUAGAAACAGUUAGUGCACAAACUAUCGAGAAACUUACAAAGCAAUGCGAAGAUAUAGAAAAAGAGAAUGCAUCGAUGCAAAAACGCUUAGAUUUCCUUGUUGAACGAACAACUAGUGUUGAACAACAAAAGAAACUCUCUUCAAGUGAUAUGAACUCAAUAAUGAAGCUAAUUACAUCAACAGGUCCCAUUGUUUUGGACGCGUUGAAAGCUCAUCCGCCAGAGGGCGAACAACCAUCAGCACUUCAAGCUCUUAUUAAUAAAUUGACUGAGGCUGUAGAGGAGGAUGAAAAGAAAGCGUAA